AUGCUCCAUCCCGAUGGAUGUUUAGAGUCAGAGUGUUGAUUAUGAUAUUUCUCAGCAAUUACAAAGAGCGAAGUCACUAUUAGUUCUCCGUCGGUUUGAUGAUGUGGUGGAGGUAUGCAUGGGAGUCUUCGAACUUGUCUCGAAGAAGAGCGGUGACCCUUACCCGUCCAAGGAUUUAUUCAGGAAUUCAGAUCAAUGGACGCAUUUAGCAGUUAUUGGAAUUCAAGCCUUUGCAGAAAUAAACCAAUGUCAAAAAGCUGUUACAUUUGCUACUAAAGUGUUUGGACAGAUAAGAAAGUUUCCUUCAGAGGCACUGGAAUUGUGUGUUUGUCUUCUUCUGAAAGCAUCAAAGUAUAAGGAGGCUGGGAAACUUGUUGAGGAUUGGCUUACUUUUGAGGAGAACUUCUCUCACGUCAAAUACAUAAAAAUAGCAGAAUUCUAUGUCAAACAUAUUCUAUUCCCCCAACAAUUAUAUGAGGAGAUAAAACAAUUUCUGGAGACUAAUCAAGUCAUUCCUUCUGCUGAAAAAGAGGUGUUGUUUCAGUUCACAAAACCUCUUGUCGAUGAGAAGGUUGAAAGGUGCAACAUAUCACAUGAGGUAACAGCCACUACACAACUUCCAUCUAGACAUGGUGCUGCUCAAAGAUGGCUGAGAAUGUCAGUAGUCAUACAAAAGCUCCAGAGCCUAUACCGGAUGGUCUUCUUCCAUCAUAAAACAAGGAUUUUUGUUAGAAUGAUGAUUCUCUUGUUUUUCAUUUACUGCUUUGUCUCAGCAAGUAGUUACCAAGGAGUGAACAAAGGUUCAGGAAUAUUCAGUCUGUGGCUUGCUUUGUUGAAUGCAUGGAGAGCAUUAUAUGCUUAACGAUAAAACCCAACACUGAUCAACACUAGCAGAACUCAGGCUGAAAAGUACACAAAAUUAUGGAAAAAAGAUGUGACUCUAAGAAUGGAGGAAAAAAGUAAAAACUGGAGCACAAACUGACCAAAUUGAAAUGCCCAAGCCACAUAUGCUUCUCACAAAAAUAUCUCUUUAAAUAAAUUGAUAAAAAGAAAGGUGAAAUGUGGUACCAAAGACAAUCCAUCGAUGGGGAAUUGCUUUCAGUGAGAAGUAUCAAACAAUUUUUAAUUCAAGACGUGUGAGAAAUUUCAAAGAGGAAAACUAUGUCUUUGUUACUACCAGAACAAGAGCCAAAGUGACUGCAAGCUUGAGCAGAAUGUGUGAGGUGUAAAUGCACAAGAAAAGCAAUUUUUUAAUAUUGCUAGUAGUUAAACAAUCAGUGACAUUAAAAAGAUACGGGUAUAGAAGA